AUGACAAUUCGCAGCAACGAGGCAGCUUCCGAUGUCGAGAAAGGCCUCUCGACUCCGCACAUCGUUGCUUUGGCCAUUCAUGGUGGGGCGGGAGGCACCACCACCCCGGAUAUGCCUGCCGACCUCCUCGCUGCUUACCGUCGACGCCUGCAAACUGUCCUGCUCACGACCUACGAGAAGAAUCAUACCACUUCGCUCGACGCCGUCUGCCAUGCAGUCUUGCAGCUCGAAGAUUCGCCUCUCUUCAACGCUGGCAAAGGCGCUGUGUUCGAUCUGGCUGGACACACUGUCUGCGAGAGCUCCCUGAUGACCACCCAACCUGGCUUCAACUCCAAGACCGUCGCUGUCACGGGCGUGCGGAGAACAAAGAACCCCAUCUUGCUCACCAAAGUCUUGCUCGAGAAUAACAAGAAGCUGGGCGGACACGCUUUCUACUCGGGUGCAGCUGCAGAGGAGGCUGGAUGGAAGCACGGCACUGAAAAGGUCACUAAGCAGUACUACUGGACCAAGAGGAGGUGGCUAGAGCACAAGCAGGGUCUCGACUCGAAGCUUGCUGAUGUAGCUGGUGUCAGGUCAGAGACCUUUGAAGAGCAAGGUGCAGACCUACCGGCGUACUCGGACUCUGCCAUGGACCCGGACCCCGAACACCCAGUCCAACACGAGCAUGAAGACCAGUCCAUCUUUGACCGUUACGCUCACCUCACCGACUUUCUCCCCCAGGGAACAGUCGGAGCAGUUGCGCUCGACUCCAACGGUCACCUUUCUGUCGCCACUUCCACAGGUGGAAAAACGAACAAGUAUCCCGGACGCAUUGGCGAUACCCCGUCUGUCGGUUCUGGUUUCUGGGCAGAUUCCUGGUCUUCCCAGCCUACUCUGCACCGCCACAAGUCUUCUCGCCUCCGACGCCUCCUUGACAACAUCCUCUGUAGACGCAACACCAGCUCAAAGCUGGGGAUGCAAGAACAAGCCAUCGCCAUUUCAGGCACGGGGGAUGGCGACUUUUUCCUCCGCACCAACUUUGCCUCUUCCUUAGCUCAUCGUAUCAAGUACGGUAACGUAUCGUUCGAUCAGGCCAUAGAUGCGGCUAUGACCGAGAUGGCGCAACUCUAUGGAAGCACAAAGGGUGUUGGUGGAGCCAUCAUCCUCGAUCGCAAGGGAAACGCCUACUUCCCUUUGGCGGCGAGCACCAUGAACAGAGGUCUCAUCUCCGACGCUACCGGGUACAAGCCCAAAGUCGCCAUCUUUGACGAUGAACAGAUGGCCUAG